AUGAAUGAAUUUUUAACACCUUUCGUAUCCGAGCUGGCAGAGAUUUUGGAGAAUAAGUUGACCAUAAAUAAUAGGGAGUACACAGUCAUCAUAAAUGCAUUUAUUUGUGAUGCUCCAGCUAGGGCAGCUAUUACAUCAGUACAAACUCAUAGUUCAUACCAAGAGGCUUUGGAAAAGUGUAACCAUUUGCUAGACCAAACCGACUCUUCUGAUUCUAACGAUCAAAACCUAUACCAGUCAAAAAGACGUACAAAAUCUGUUAGUCAAAACCCCGAUUUUAAAUAUUAUUUGGAAGGAUAUAUUAAUAGUAUGCCAGACUCCCCAAAAAGUCCGGAGGAUGAUAAGGAUAAAACUAUUACUCCUUUAGAGGAAAACAGUGUUCCAGAAGUUACUGUAAUGCCAAAGGUUCUUUGUAGCAGAGACGGAGCAAUCAAUGUGGAGAAUUUAGUUAUUAAACAACUUCAUUGUAAAUGUGAUGGUAAAAAUCAAUAG